AUGACGGUGAACUUUGCGGGCAUCAUAUCCGUGGUGCUCUUCUACAUCCUGAUCCUCGCCGUCGGUAUAUGGGCCGGACGCAAAAGCGGAAAACGGUCCGGAGAGGAAGGCGAAGCGGACGAUGUCAUGUUAGCGGGUCGGAACAUCGGGUUAUUCGUGGGAAUUUUCACCAUGACGGCGACCUGGGUCGGAGGCGGAUACAUAAAUGGAACGGCAGAAUCAGUUUUCAAAGACGGAAUCAUGUGGACUCAGGCACCAAUGGGAUACGCCUUAUCCUUGGUUUUGGGUGGCUACUUUUUCGCGAACAAGAUGCGCGCCGAGGGUUAUGUCACGAUGCUUGACCCCUUCCAAGAACUCUUUGGGGGACGAAUGGGAGGUCUGCUCUUCAUUCCAGCUUUAUGUGGCGAAGUCUUCUGGUCUGCUGCAAUCCUCGCAGCUCUCGGAGCAACAGUAGGCGUCAUCAUGGAUUUGGAUAACAACACCUCGAUCAUUUCCUCUGCCUGUAUCGCUCUGAUAUACACCCUGUUCGGAGGACUUUAUUCGGUGGCGUACACGGACGUUAUCCAGCUGUUCUGCAUCUUCCUCGGACUGUGGGUCUGCAUCCCAUUCUGUAUCAGCAACCCAGCCGUUGGAACUUUGACAUAUCCCUCAAACGACUGGAUCGGUACGGUGGAUUCGAAGUUUUUCGGACAGUGGCUCGACUGCGGCCUGCUGCUGAUGCUGGGAGGGAUCCCUUGGCAAGUUUACUUCCAGCGAGUCCUCUCGUGUCGCAGCGCCUUCAAGGCUCAGCUGCUGAGCUACGUGGCCGCGGUUGGCUGCAUUGUGAUGGCCGUCCCAGCGAUGAUCAUGGGGGCCGUUGCAAAGGCCACCCGAUGGAACGAAACCGAUUAUCACGGCCCGUAUCCACUCACUGAGAAAGAGUCUGCCCUGGUCUUGCCUCUGGUACUUCAAUACCUCACGCCGGCUUUCGUAUCGUGUUUGGGGCUCGGAGCCGUGUCCGCGGCCGUGAUGUCCUCUUCAGACUCGUCAAUCCUAUCGGCGGCAUCGAUGUUCGCACGUAAUGUCUACAAACUCAUCUUCAGGCCAAACGCCUCGGAGAAUGAAGUCAUCCUGAUAAUGAAGGUCUCAAUCAUUUUUGUCGGAAUAAUGGCGACCGCGAUGGCCCUCACGGUCAAAUCCGUCUACGGUCUCUGGUACCUCUCCUCGGACUUGGUGUACGUAAUUCUGUUCCCGCAACUGACCUGCGUUGUGUAUCUCAAAAAGCAUGUCAACACAUACGGAUCCCUCGCCGCUUACAUCGUUGGCCUCCUACUCCGAGGUCUAGGCGGGGAAGCGAUCCUGGGCCUACCCGCCGUCCUCAAAUAUCCAUACUACGACGAGCAACUCGGCCAACUGUUUCCGUUCCGGACCGUAGCAAUGCUGUGCAGCUUCUACACGCUUGUGCUGGUAUCCUGGCUAUCGAAAUGGCUUUUUGAAAACGGACGUCUGCCCCCCCAUCUCGACGUGUUUCACUGCGUGGUCAAUAUACCAGAGGACAUCGUCAAGGUUCAGGAACCUCAAGAGGAGCUCACUGUGCUCAACUCAAGCCUACAAGGAGCCAAAACGUACCAGACCGAGAUGAAUGGUCGUGUGAACCCAGCGCUCAACCUUCACCCGGAGUUAAUCGAUAGGGGAGAUCCUCAGCUGGCAUCUCCAGGCUGCCUCACCCCUGCUUCAAACAAUCUGCCCACUCAGGCUAUUCAGGCCGAGCAGGGCACAGCUCAUCUUUAG